CCAGACCAGUGUUUUGGAGGCGGGGAGUCUCAGUGGCUCUACUGGCCGGGCGGCGGUGUGUGUGCGUCGGACAGCAGGAGGCAGGAGGAGCCCGCAGCGCCUGGAGGACGAGACGGCGAGAAAAGGAGAGACGGCGGAAAGAAAAAGAGGUGAAGUUGAAAGAAAGACGCCGCGUUGCUCGGAUGAACAUAUCGGAGCUCCAAGGCUGAAGUUUGGGUGUCGCCGAGGACAAAAAGCCGACAAGGAAUGUUUGACGGCAGAAAAGGACAGGAGUGUCAGUAAUGGAGGCCGUGGGGGCCCCAUCCUUCACCGUACAUCACGCCAGCCUCUGCCAUGGCUAACUGCCUCCCGCCCGCCGCGUGCCAUGCCCCGCCAGCGCCAUGCUAAGGCGGCGCGGGAGUAACCACGAGGAGCGCUCGCUUGGCGCCCAGGGAAAAAGCUGGAAGAAGUUGGUGGAAAAUCUCUGACUUCAUCGUCGACACCGGUUUGUUGUUUCCACCUAGAUACUUGACUUUUUGCCAAGCCAAGCCACGUCCUGAGAGCUGAGUGGUGAUGGCACUAGCUAUGGACCAGGAAGUGAGGAUGUGAGGGGCAGGAGGAUGGGCGCCGUAUGAAGAGAAGGAGGAACCAGCGCAGCACAAUGGCCCAAAGCAGUUUGCUGCAGGGGAAACGCUUUUAUUGCCGGGAAUGGGUCUUCCACAAGAUCCAGCAUUGCCUCCAGGAGAAGAGCGACAACCUCGGCGGGGCGAGCGGCACACCCGGUAAGCAGCCGGCGCCCGUGAAAGGCGGCAACUCCUGGGGGGUGUUGCUGGUCGGCGGUCCCGGCAGCGGGAAAACGGCGCUGUGCACGGAGCUGCUGUGGCCCACGUCCGCCCAGGGAGCCCAGCGGGGCCUGCACCAGCGCGGCCUGGCGUUCCACUUCUGCCGGGCGGACGACUCGGACACGCUGUGCGUCGCCGGCUUCGUCCGCCGCCUGGUGGCGCAGAUCUGCCGCGGCGGGCUGGUGCCGGGCUACGAGGAGAAGGUGCGCGACCCGGCCGUGCAGGGAGCCCUGCAGCCCGGCGAGUGCGAGAGGAACCCCGCCGAGGCCUUCAAGAGAUGUGUGCUCUUGCCUCUCCUGAGCGCCAAGACGCCGCCGCAGCCUCUCUUCCUCCUGGUGGACUCUGUGGACCAAGGUGGUCAGCUGGGCGAGGCGGAGCAGAGGUCGCCGCCGGGCUCCCCCCGGACCAUCGCCGAGCUCCUCGCCGCUCAUCAGCAGUUCCUGCCUCCGUGGCUCCUGCUGGUCUGCUCUGCACGGAGACAAAACAAAGCCAUUACCAAACUUUUCACCGGAUUCCGAAAGAUCAGCCUGGAUGAUCUGCGUAAGGCCUACAUCGUCAAGGAUGUGCAACAGUACAUCCUCCACCGCCUGGACCAGGAGGAAGCCCUGAGGCAACACCUCACCAAGGAGACGGCGGAGAUGCUCAACCAACUCCACAUUAAGAGCAGCGGAUGCUUCCUGUACCUGGAGCGAGUACUGGACGGCGUGGUGGAGAACUUCAUCAUGUUGCGCGAGAUCCGUGACAUCCCCGGCACGCUCAAUGGCCUCUACCUUUGGCUCUGCCAGAGACUUUUUGUCAGGAAACAGUUUGCCAAAGUCCAGCCCAUCCUAAACGUCAUCUUGGCCACUUGCAGGCCCCUCAAGGUCAAGGAACUGUACCACGCAGUUUGGACCAAAAACAUGACUAUGACAAUGGAGGAGUUUCAAAAAAAGAUGGACAUUCUCUCCAAGUUGUUGGUGAAUGGUUUUGGAAGUACUAAAAUCCUUUUCCACUACAGUUUUGCAGAGUGGCUUCUGGAUGUGAAGCAUUGCACACAAAAGUACCUGUGCAACGCCGCAGAGGGACACAGAAUGUUGGCUAUGAGUUCCACCUGCAGAGCAAAGCAGCUUAAACCACAUGAAGUGCAGGAGUUUGCACUUCACCUUAUCAACUCUAAUUUGCAGAUGGAGCCAUCAAAUCUGGCUCUUUGGAUGGUCUGGAACGGGACCCCGGCAAAAGACUCUUUGACUACUUCGAUACCAAGAGAGCAGGAGGUCUUGCAACUGCUGGUGAAAGCCGGAGCUCACAUCAACAAUGAAGAUGACCACUCCUCAUGUAUCGUACAACAGGCUCUGGAGAGAGAAGACUCAAUACGGACAUUACUCGACAACGGAGCCUCUGUGAACCAGUGCGACUCCAGCAAUAGAACACUUCUCUCCAACGCAGCCUAUAGCGGCAGUCUUGACGUCGUCAACUUACUCAUCUCUCGAGGAGCAAACAUGGAGCUGGAGGACAACCACGGACAGACCGCACUUACCCUCGCUGCCCGUCAGGGCCACACCAAGGUGGUCAACUGUCUCAUUGGCUGCGAGGCCAACAUAAACCACACGGAUCACGAUGGGUGGACGGCACUACGAUCAGCAGCCUGGGGAGGACACUCAGAGGUUGUUUCUGCUCUGCUUUACGCUGGCGCCAAAGUGGACUGUGCCGAUGCCGACGGCAGGACGGCCUUGAGAGCCGCGGCUUGGGGAGGUCACGAAGACAUCGUGUUGAACCUUCUUCAACACGGGGCUGAGGUCAACAAGGCCGACAAUGAAGGAAGAACAGCUCUUAUUGCCGCUGCUUACAUGGGACACAGAGAGAUAGUGGAGCAUCUCUUGGACCACGGGGCGGACGUCAAUCAUGAAGAUGUGGACGGUAGGACCGCCCUCUCAGUCGCAGCUCUCUGCGUCCCCGCUAGCAAAGGCCACGCCUCCGUUGUGAGCCUUCUCAUUGACAGGGGAGCCGAGGUAGACCACUGUGACAAAGACUGCAUGACCCCCCUCCUCGUGGCCGGCUACGAAGGACACGUCGAUGUAGUAGAUCUACUUCUGGAAGGUGGAGCCGACGUGGAUCACACGGACAACAACGGACGCACCCCCCUCCUUGCAGCGGCGUCGAUGGGUCACGCAGCCGUCGUGAACACGUUGCUGUUUUGGGGUGCUGCUGUAGACAGCAUUGACAGCGAGGGACGGACAGUGCUGAGCAUUGCCUCUGCUCAGGGUAACGUGGAGGUGGUCAGAACUCUGCUGGACAGAGGUCUGGAUGAGAACCACCGAGACGACGCAGGCUGGACUCCGCUGCACAUGGCGUCAUUUGAAGGCCACCGCCAAGUGUGUGAGGCCCUCAUUGAACAAGGCGCCCGUUGCGUGGAGGUGGACAAUGAUGGCAGAAUACAGUUGAUACUUGCUGCACAAGAGGGACAUUAUGACUGCGUGCAAAUUCUCCUGGACAACAAGUCGUGCAUUGACCAGCGUGGGUAUGACGGCAGGAACGCUCUCAGGGUGGCUGCGCUGGAAGGCCACAGGGACAUUGUUGAACUGCUGCUGAGCCACUGUGCGGACAUAGACUUCAAAGACGCAGACGGACGCCCGACGCUUUACAUAUUGGCACUUGAAAACCAGCUGGCCAUGGCAGAGUAUUUCCUGGAAAAUGGAGCAAACGUGGAAGCCUACGACACUGAGGGAAGAACCGCCCUCCACGUGUCCUGCUGGCAAGGGCAUGUUGAAAUGGUGAGGCUGCUGAUCAACUACCAUGCUGACGUCAAUUCCAGCGACAAUGAGAAGCGCUCUGCCCUCCAGUCUGCGGCCUGGCAAGGCCACACCAAAGUUGUGCAGUUUUUGAUUGACAGCGGCACACGUGUGGACCACACGUGCAACCAGGGAGCGACGGCCUUGGGCAUCGCAGCCCAGGAGGGUCACCUUGACGUCGUGCAAAUACUCCUUGAAAACGGUGCUGACCCAAACCACGCUGACCAGUUUGGACGUACGGCUAUGAGAGUGGCGGCAAAAGGCGGCCACUCCACUAUUAUCAAACUUUUGGAAAAGUAUGGAGCGUCAACUCUAAACGCUAGCAAUCCAUCUCCAGUGCACACCAUGGAUGACAAAAUGUCUGUGACCGUUAAAAUGCAGUCCCUCACCAUCAAAUCAAGCAGUUCUGGCAGCACCGGUGCAGGAGAUCUGCAGUCAGCUGGACGUGGUCUACCCAACGGACCUGUCCAUGCGUUCAGUUCCCCAUCAGAAUCCCCCGAUUCCACCGUAGACAGACAGAAAUCCUCGCUGUCAAAUAAUUCGCUCAAGAGCUCAAAAAACUCUUCCCUGAGAACCACCUCGUCCACAGCCACGGCUCAGACCGUGCCCAUUGACAGCUUCCACACUUUGACAUUCACAGAACAAAUCCAACAACACUCGCUGCCUCGCACCCGCAGCAGACAGUCCGUCGUCUCCCCGUCCUCCACCACGAAAUCCAGCAGCCAGCAGCCUCCAUCGCCAUCCAGUGACUUUGACUGGUCGCUCCUGAAACCCGGUCUCAAGUCGACAAAGGGAACCAAGAUCGGAAACGGAACGUCCAACAGCAAAGGAGCACCGGCGGACAAGAAAAAAACGAAGAACGGCGGCUCCAACCAAGGUCAGGUUUUUGAGUACGAGAUGACCCAGUUUGACCAAAGGGUGGCUCUCAAUGAAUCAGUGGCCAACAUUGCAGUAAAGGAUCCUAAUUGCAAGAUCUUUAUUGGCGGAUCCCUCCAGCAGCAGGAGCAGGGACACAAGCACGACCAGCAGCAGAGCUUGGCUGAGAAGAAGAGGAACGGCAUCCUGACCAACCCCAACUAUCAUCUACAAGGUAAUCAGGUGUUCCUGGGCAGGGUGUCUGUUCCCCGCACGGCGCAGAACCGGGGCCACCAGGACGUCCUGGAGAGCUACCCUGCCGGUGAAACGGAGCUAAGCCUGAAACAAGCCCUCAAACUGCAGCUGGAAGGAUCCGACCCCGGGUUCAACUACAAAAAAGAGACUCCGCUAUAGUCUGCCAGGACAGAGACUGAAUUGCACUCGGCGCAACCGUUUUGGAUUCAAUCAGACUUGCAUGACCAAAGUCUCCAUCUGGAAGGACAGGCUGCUUUCUUCCUUGGGAAACGCCGAGUCCGCCGCUUCCCGUGCCGUCUCCGAUAUCUCCAACGGGGAACGUGCCAGAACAACUGUUGUCACGCCUUCCCGUCCGUCUCCACAAGUCCAGCCCGGAGGCUUUUGGGAGCGGAUACGCAAGGUGCCGGUAUCUGUUCCAGCCUACUUUCAUAUAAUGCUAGUUCAUUCUAGGGAUGCACUUUGCUUUUAGUCACGCUUUAGCACAUCUUUUUCUGGCCACCCUUUCAGUCCUCCUGCACACUGCAGUGCAUCCCCACCAAUCAGAGGACGGGAGUCGCUCAUAGGCCACACCCCAAAUAUUCCC